AUGAUGUUUAUCAUGCAAAACUUCAAUUAUGUAUCUAAUUUCUACGUGCAUAUUUUAUUGUAUCGUAGUCCAGUGUCUUCUAGGGAUCUCUCUCUUCUUAUUUCAGAUUUUCCUCGUGUAGAGGUAGGUCCAGAGAAUCCUUUACGCGUCGAAAGAGAUUCGUCGACAACUCUCGAAUGUACUGUAGAUGCAAAGCCCAAAGUGAACACCAUCCGUUGGACCCGUAACGGCCGUUUCAUAAGUUCGUCAAACAGUCACAUCCUGCAUAGAGUGAGCAUCCAGGAUGCCGGAAAAUACACUUGCAGUGCGGACAAUGGCUUGGGAAAAGUUGGAGAGAAAGAAAUUACCUUGGAUGUCUUGUACUCGCCUGUUGUCGUCCUUGAAGCGAAAACAAAGGAAGCCGAAGAAGGGGAAGCAGUAUCCAUCAAAUGCAACAUCACGUCAAAUCCCCUUCCGGCCACAGUGGAAUGGAUCAAAGAUGGAAAGCCGGAUUUCCGCCAAUCUGGACCAAUACUAAAAUUAAACCACGUAACAGCCGAAAAUACUGGUACAUACAUCUGUCGUGCCGUCAAUUACAUUACACCAAGUGCACCACCCUUACGUAAAAUAGAAAAAAUCGGAAACGCAUCAAUUGCACUCCUUAUCAGACAUAAACCUGGAAGGGCCAGGAUUAUGCCAGAUAAGCCCAUUGCUACUGAAGGAUCUCCCGUCACUCUCACAUGCACUGCAACACCUCCUGGCUGGCCUGCACCCCAAUAUAGAUGGUUCCGACCUGGAAAUGACGGUCAACAAACAGUCUUAGCCACCGGAACCAAAUACACCAUUCCCAACGUCCAUCUCAACAGCGAAGGCGUUUACUAUUGUCAAGCUACUAACGAACUAGGGCAUGGAGAAGUUGCUUCCGUUAAUUUAGAAGUACAUCAGCCUCCCAGUUUUAAACAGAAACUGAAACCUUUAGAAACUAAGGCUGUCGGAAAUCCAAAUUUCUCAGUGAUCUGUAGUGCGAAGGGAAAACCGAAACCGUCAAUCAGAUGGCUCAAGGAUAACGAAGAACUCACGCCCGAUACUCACAUGUUCGAAGUCUCCACCGAUGUUUUCGAAACUAGUAGCGGAACCGUCAACAUUAACAGCGAACUGAGAUUCAAAGGCAAGGCAAGACCAAAUGGUAACGAACUCCUUCCGUCCGAUCGAGGAGUUUACACAUGCACAUUCGAAAACGAAGUUAAAAAGACUGAAUCUAGCAUGCACCUAAGAAUUGAACAUAAACCAAUCGUUCUUCAUCAGUAUAACAAAGUGGCUUACGACUUGCACGAAACUGCUGAAGUUGUAUGCAAGAUUCAGGCAUAUCCAAAACCUGAAUUUAAAUGGUUUUAUGGUUCAAACAUGUCACCGUUGCUGUCUUCUUCGGAGGGCCAUUACAAAGUUACGACAACUGGUGACGACAACGACGUGUACACCAGUCUCUUGAGGAUAGCGAACAUUAAACAGAAUGAUUACGGCGAGUACAACUGCCAAGUCGUUAACAAUCUCGGAAGUAUAGAGACCAGGAUAAGACUUCAGCCGAAAGGUGCACCUGAGAAACCAACAAAAGUCACAGCGUUAUACGUCGGUCCUAAUUUCGUCACCCUCAACUGGGAGCCUGGUUUUAACGGUGGAAUUUCGGCAACUAAAUAUUUCGUCUCGUACAAAAAGGUUCCCAGUAACGAGGAUAUUAUAGUGGAAGGUUGUGGAAUGGUCAGCAGGAACGCCGAUUGGUUAGAAGUGGAUUGUCAGCAAAACGUCCCCUGUAACGUGACCCACUUAGAUCAACAUCACAGUUACGUCUUCAAGGUGAAAGCUUUGAAUACAAAAGGAAACAGCGACAAUUCUCAGGAAGUGCGAGUGACGACAAGAGUUGACCGCAUCCCUUUACCGCAGAGAGUCGCUUUCGACCCAACUACUCAAGGUCUGUCCGUAAAUGUGCCCGCAACAUGUCUGCCUCUUGUUGCCGUUGUCGAAAUGAUUAACAGCGAAAGUUUUCCUUUAACUUCGUGGCAAGUUGUUGACACCCUUCCUCUUCAGACGUCCGGCCUUGUUGCGACUUACAAGGAAGCCAUCUUGGAGCNGUAA